AUGAUAACAUUACCUGUAUCAUCUCCUGCUAUAAUAAGCAAAUGUAAAUGUGAUAAAAAGAAAAUAGAAGCAUAUUCACUAAUAACAAUUACUUCAUCAAUAAAUUCACAUUCUUUAACAACAACAACACUUAGUAUCACAGCUCGGCAGCAUGUGGUAGAUCCCGGUACGAAAUCAAUUUCGGAGCCAACUAAAGCUUUUGUCGAAAAUUCAGCUUUAACAUAUAAACUCGUUUUGAAUAUACCGCCUUUUCUACCUAAUCUCACUGAUUUCGAUCCACAAAAUUCUCUUACUACGGAUGAUUUAGCCAAUCUUAAUAAAUGGGGAUUCAAUGUUAUACGUUUUUAUGCAGCAUGGAUGGGUGUUUAUCCACAUUCCUCGACAGAAAUCAAUUAUGAAUAUUUGAUGCAAUUAUCGAAAGCUGUAUCAAUGAUGGAGAAUCACGGCAUUUAUACUCUUUUAGAUUGUCAUCAGGAUAUAUUCUCAAGAUUUUUCUGUGGAGAAGGAGUUCCUGAUUGGGUAGCUAUAUUCGAAGGUAAUCAAACACUUAUGACAUUUCCAUUUCCAUUGGCGUUAAACAUAACUCGAGAACCGGAUACAGGCUAUCCGAUACUUGAAGAAUGUCUUAAACGGUCCUUCGGUCAAUAUUAUCUCACAGAAGCAGUGACAAACGGAUUCAAAAUGCUAUACACAAAUGGUAAUGGUACUCGUGAAUCAUUUGCAUCUUUCUGGCGUACAGUUGCCAAUCAAUUUGCUAAUCGUUCAUCUGUUCUCGGUUAUGAACUACUCAAUGAACCAUCAUUUCCAUCACUGGCAGAUGUUUUGGAGAUUGGUCGUGUUGAUCAAGAAUAUCUUGCACCUAUGUAUAAACAGUUACAUGAGGCGAUUCGUCAAGUUGAUGAUCAACAUCUCAUCUUUUUCGAACCGUGCUCCUUUGAUCUUCUAGAAACAGGUUUUACAGAAGGACCUGGUGGAAUCGAAUACAAUAAUCGACAAGUCUUUAGCUACCAUAUAUAUUGUCUGGAUGUUAAUAAACGAGGAGAUCCAAAAUCAGAUCUAAUUUGUGAAAUCAACGAUUUGAUUUUGAUGAAUGCACGCAUUGCAGAAGCACGCAAGAAGAAGUUUGGAGGUAUGAUGUUGACAGAAUUUGGCGGCUUAAGUAAUUCAACAGAAGGUAUCAAAGAACUCAAUCGUAUUAUGGAAUUCGCCGAUGAUCAACUGCAAAGUUGGUCCUAUUGGCAAUUCAAAAAAUAUGGCGACUUAACAACAUCCGUCAGUCCAGCUACCACAGAAUCCUUCUACACUGAAGAUGGAAAGUUGGAAAUAAACAAAGUACGAGCAUUAUCACGAACAUAUCCUCAAGCCAUUGCAGGUCUCCCGUUGUCUAUGUCGUUUGAUCCUACCACGGCUAAUUUCGAAUUACGUUUCAUAAUUAAUACAGACAUUGAAAAACCUACUGUUAUCUAUCUCAAUGAAGAGUUCAAUUAUCCUCAUGGCAUCAUUAUCAACGUUACUCCAUUAGAUUCACUUGUAUGGACAUCUAGCAUUCAUAACUAUUAUGAAUUCAUUCCAGCUGCUUCUACUAAAAAUCGUACAAUGAUUAUUCUUCAAAUUUUACCUCAGACUGAACACUGGUUUUACAAGAUUUUAAAUUGGAUCAGAGAACAUUGGUUUGUUUGA